CUGGAGGACUUUCAAUUGGUCCGGGUUCUGGGAAGGGGCUGUGCUGGGAGGGUACUCUUAGUCAAACACGCAAAAACAUCAUCGAUAUACGCUAUGAAGGCCAUCUCCAAACGCUCCGUCUUCACUCACGGAGAAUUACAUCACACUCUAGCAGAACUAUCUAUCCUCCGUCGAUUCGCAGAACACGAACCUGAUAAUGGGUUCGUAUCCAAGUUACACUUCGCUUUCACGGAUAGAGAAAACUUUUAUUUGGUCUUGGAUUUUUACCCAGGGGGAGAUUUGGCAACACAGUUGGAGAUACAUGGGACUUUGGGACAUAUGAGAACUAGGUUUUAUGCUGUUGAUAUCAUAAAAUCGUGCCAGGUGAUUGAUUGCAGACACCGCCACGGUAUCAUCAUGAGAGAUCUAAAACCUGAAAACGUCCUCCUAGACGCUCGAGGUCAUGCAGUCUUAGCGGAUUUCGGUGAAAAGAAAAUUGUGGUUGAUAGAGCUUAUUCUUUCGUCGGGACUUCUGAUUAUUUGGCACCAGAAGUAAUCAUUGGUAAAGGAUAUACAUACGCAGCAGAUUGGUGGCCUUUAGGAUGUAUGAUGGUGGAAUGUAUGAUUGGUAGGGUGGGUUUCUUU